CAAAUAUUGAGCCUUCGAAGGGUACAUUUUGCGGUUGGCUUUUAAAAACUAGCCUCGUUUCACUUCGCGAUUUGGCGCCAAAAUAUCAAGAUGGCGUUUGAAUAUGGAAGGAGUCAAUACAAGAGGCAGAACCCCGUUGCUAACAACGAUCCUGUGAAUAAGAAAUACAAGAAAACGGCUGAAUUAAGAGAACUUGCUCUUCAAGAUAUUUCUAGUCUUACUAAUGAGAUUCAGCUUCUAGAGGAAGAAAUAUUCAAAAAAGAUUCUUUAUGUGCAGAUACCUACCAACUCGAAUAUUUGGAGAAGAUCGAAACGGAACUCUUAAAUGCUGACUUGCCUUCAUCAUCCAAAGAAAAUAAUUCUGGCGAAGAAGAAAAAGAAAUUUAUGUAAUAAACGGAAGACUACGUUCUUUAGCAAAGCUGACUGGUGUAAAACUUACCGAAAAUAGCACCAAGAUGCUUUCAAAGACAGAUAUAACGAUGGUUUUGCUUCAGAGAUUAUCAGGAACUUGUCAUAGAAUCCCCUUUACAGUGGAAUUCGAAGUUAAAGAAAAGGGAAUUAUGGAUAGUCUGCUGAGCUCAAAAGAUGCAGAGUGUUUAAAAGACAGGGUUGUUGAAUUGACCAGACUCCGCGUGAGUGUUACAGAUCAUCUAGCUGAGCAGGAACUUGCUCAAUUUCUGGAAAAGGUGCAAGAAGACAAGUCUUUGCAGCCAUUUUUCUUUGGACUUAUUCAGUACGCUGAGUGGCACAGCAAUAGGCAAAGGACAUUUGGUCAUUUUAAAAUGAAGUACCCUGAAAUUGUCCACUUCUCAAAUACAUCUUCUACCAGUCAGUGUUUAAAAUUGUACAACAGGAACAAACCUGGACUUGUUUUUACCUUAUUGUGGAAACUUGUCAUUGGUGAAUCUGGUCAUGUUACAUCAGAUGUUCAAAUCCAUGCCUCAGUGCCAGUGAAACAUGCUGAUCAAAGGGACAAAUAUUCAUUGCUAAGAAAUGUGCCAAAACAGUUUCACAAAGUGUUGCCUUUUCUUGGAAUAGAACAGGCAGUUGAAGUGGUGAUUGGAAUGCUGUGUAGAUAGUAUUAAUAUUAUUUAUUACUUGUAUUUUAUACUGAGUUUCUCUGAAUUUGCUCCUUUAGAGAACUUAGAAAGUCUUAUCAUCAAGUAUUUCUACUUGUAAAAGAGGUUGUCACAUUAGGAAAAUUCCAGCAGCUCGAAAUAUGCAAAAACAGUUAUGUGGAGACUAAUUUUUAAGAACAAAGAGAAAUUGUAGCGAAUAGUUUGGGUACAACUGUAAAAAAAAAAAAUCUUUGGAGUAGGUGGUAAAGGUUCUGUCUGUAAGAAUCUCCAUUUAAGAUAAAAGUUGAACCCCUCCUUGAAGACAUUUCUGGUUGAUAGACUCCUUUUUGUAGAAACUUAGUCCUGGUGUUUAUAACUCUUGCAACUUAAGCUUCCAUGGGAAAGAGAGGGUCUGCUUUCAGGAGGUUUGGCUUUAUUGAGCCUACCCACUUAGAUUCAGACUUUUGUAUUGUAAUAAAAGUGACAGAAACCCAAGGAAAAUAAUUUUUUAUAGGUAAACAAAACUUUGAACAACUCGACCAUUUUCGAAGAAGAAAAGAAACAGACAAAUAGAUUUUCCCCAAAUAACUUAUAAAUCAGUAAAUGGCCACAGUCUGAUAGUAUGAUAAUCAAUUAUGUGACUUGCCACUACAUACAGAUAUGACCAAAGGAGAAUGAUUAAUAUUUUUAAGAGUUAAUUAUUCUCAGUGUUAUUAUUUAUCUAAUUUAUACAUUGUGCAAGGCUGGUUUUUUUUUACUGGGAAGGAGAGGACUUUCCUUUGCAAUGAUCCUGUCGGUGAUAUCUAUCUUUCUUACUAAAUUUCCAGACCUAUAAAUUUAAAGAACCUGUGGUAAAGAUGAGUCGUGCACUUGACAUGAAGUUUGUAUAUAAAGAUUACAUAAGGAUUUUUGAAGAACUGAAACUUAGUUAUUUUAUCGCUUGAGUAAAGGCUGAUAGUUUCAAAAGUAACUUUGGGGCUGCGUCAGUGGGGGUAACAAAGUAAUU